GGUUGGGGGCGGCUUAUGGUGGGAGGAGGUCCUCUCUGCUUUGCCCUUUGCGGGAGAUGACUCGCAGCCUCCUCAAUCCGCCAACGGAAGCCCGGGGUCGGGGGAGGCAACCUUUUUUGUUUUCCCGCUCCUGAACGGCACCAACUCCCGGUCUCGCUUCCUGUGCCAGAGGUCACGGACCGUGUCGUGUAGUCUGGGGCUUGUGUUCGAUCCCCGGUUCCGUUGAGGAGCGCCAACUCACGCCGCUCGGAGGGAACCAUAUCUGGUCAAAGUAUUCGGCGCUGCUGCCGUCACCCGGCCGGACCGUCCGGCUAUAAAUAGCGCCGGUGGAGGUUUUAUUAUUUCCCUCCCAGUGAAUGUGGGGUUUCUGCAGCCGCUGAGCCAACAUAUUGUCUUUCUCAUUUGAAGGAUUUUACUGAGGUGUGUUCCAUCAUGUCGGUGCUGAGGAAGGAGAUGGAGAAGUACAGAGACGUCGACGAGGACGAGCUGCUCAUGAAGCUCUCUGAAGAAGAGCUGCAGCGGUUAGAAAAUGAACUGGAGGAGUUGGACCCCGACAAUGCACUGUUGCCUGCUGGGAUGCGUCAGAAGGAUCAGACUAAGAAAUUACCCACUGGACAGUUUCAAAGAGGCAACCUGCUGGCUCAUCUGGAGAAACAAGCCAACGAACAUCAAGACAGAGAAGACCUGGUGCCUUUCACAGGAGAGAAGAGAGGAAAGGCUUGGGUGCCUAAAAAGAUUGUCGACCCCAUCAUGGAGAAUGUGACCCUGGAGCCCGAGCUUGAAGAAGCUCUUGCCAGCGCUACUGAUGCCGAACUUUGUGAUAUUGCAGCCAUCCUGGGCAUGCACACGCUGAUGAGUAACCAGCAGUACUAUGAAGCUCUGGCCAGCAGCAACAUUGUGAACAAGCAAGGCCUUAACAGCGUGAUCCAGUCCACUCAGUACAAACCAGUGCCUGAUGAAGAGCCCAAUUCAACUGACGUGGAGGACACUCUCAUGAGGGUGAAAAGGAAUGAUCCAGAGCUUGUGGAGGUCAACCUCAACAACAUCAAGAACAUUCCCAUCCCGACUUUAAAGGCGUACGCUGAGGCUCUGAUCAAGAACACGGUGGUGGAAAGGUUCAGUAUCGUUGGGACUCGAAGCAAUGACCCAGUUGCAUUUGCACUGGCUGAGAUGCUCAAGGUUAACACAACACUAAAGAGCCUGAAUGUUGAGUCCAACUUCAUAACUGGGACUGGAAUCCUGGCUCUCAUUGAGUCGCUACAGUUCAACAGAACACUGCUAGAGCUCAAGAUUGACAAUCAGAGUCAGCCGUUAGGCAACAAGGUGGAGAUGGAGAUAGCCAGCAUGUUGGAGAAAAACACCACAAUGUUGAGAUUCGGCUACCAUUUCACCCAGCAGGGCCCACGCCUCAGAGGCUCCAACGCCAUGAUGAACAACAAUGACCUUGCCCGUGUUGUCAGGUCAGAGUCUGAUGGCUCCUUCACCCUCACUUUGUCCGUCCCUGAGCUGGAACGGGCCUUUGGGAAAAAGUUCAAGUCAAAGACUAAUGAGAAAGAGAAGGCUUGAAGGAGGACCCAUCCUCCCCAAGUGUCGGACAAAUGUGUAGAAACCGCCCCCGACCCUCCAUCACCCUCCUGUUUUUGUUUUUUUGCCUUCCACCUGCCAUUUAGAAAAAUAAUAAUAAUAAUAAAAAAAAACACUUCCCUACAGCCUCUACAGACCGCCUUGAACAUCAUCUCUUGGUUAUGCACGUGCAAUUCAGGGUUCCAAGAAAAUACUUUUUGGACUUUUUAAGAAGGUGGAUAGUAAAGGAUGAAAGCAGUAUCCAAGCGUGCAUCCAAUGCAUGCAAAAAGAGAUGGUUCGUUUUUUUAAUCAAUCAAAGUUUAUUUAUAUAGCCCUUAUUCACAAGUGUCUCAAAGGGCUGCACAAGCCACAACAUCACCCUUGGCUCAGAUCCCACAUCAGGGCAAGAAAAAACUCAACCCAAUGGGUUUUUGAAUGUUUAUGUGCUGGGAAGGAAACUAACGGCACAGUGCUGCCAUCUAGCGUCCUUUACUAGCAACUGCAGUGCCUUGACUCCUUGUUUGUGAUUGAUGACGGCUUUACAUUUUGAACAGUUACAUUUGGCAAUCUGUGUUUCUACUGUUGUGUUGAAUUAUCAUUAUUAGUCGUAUGAUUGUUUUGCUGUAAAUGACGUGUUCUGAUGUCGUUCUUCACAUCUUUCUGCAAGUUUUACACUGUUUGUCCCUUCCAUAGCCAAAACCAAAGUGUCAGACUGUAAGAUAUUUAGUUUAUGACAUCCAAGAUUUAUGCCGUUUCUUAUAGGCACCCAACAGUAACAAAUAUAUGGCGCUUAUUUGCCACGUCACCAAAAAUUUGGACGGUUUGGCAGAUCAUUUAACAUAAAUUCACCUGCACUGAUUUGGUUUUAGUAUCAACAUUGCGCAGCCUCCGUCCUUCAAUGUUCUCCAUGUGGCCCUCGCUGUAUUCAUUUUGGCCAUUUCUAGCUCUAUAUGUAACAUUUAAAGUCCCACUGAUAGUCUCACACACACACACACACAAAGUGUGGUGAAAUGACCCUCUGUAUUUGACCUAUCCCUUUGUUCUACCCCCUGGGAGGUGAGGGGAGCAGUGAGCAGCAGUGAUGGCCGCGCUCAGGAAUCAUUUUGGUGAUUAAACCCCCAAUUCCAACUCUUACAGUCAGGGUACCCACACAAUACAUUAGGGGUGUUAAUUCACAACUAAAAUCCAAGCCAAAAGUUUGCACACACCUUCUCAAUGUGUUUUCUGUAUUUUCAUGACUAUUUACAUUGUAGAAUGUCACUGAAUGCAUCAAAACUAUGAAUGAACACAUGUGUAGUUAUGUACUUAACCAAAAAAAAAAAAAGGUGAAAUAACUGAAAACAUGUUUUUACAUUUUGACUGGCCUGUAUGUUUUUUGAUGGCUAGUAAUAAUUUCAUAAUAAUAACUACAGAUAAUUAAUAAUAUUAAACUAAAUAAUAAUAAUAGGAAUAGGUUAUUAUAAUGGAAAAAUUCAUAAUAAUGUACUGUUGACAAAAUAUUUUUAGAUUAUUUAACAUGUCAUAAGUGACACAAAACCCUAUUUCUUAUUAAUGAUUGCCUCUUACAAACACACACUUAUGUAUAUAUACAUAUAUAUAUAUAUAUAUAUAUAUGUAUGUAUGUAUGUACUAGAGAUGUGCGGUUUGCGGUCUCAUCCGCGGAGUCGGGCGGGUGACAUGACGAAAAAAUUGAUUUUAAUUACAUUCGGGCAGGUGGCGGUUGAAUCAUCCGGAAAUAUUUGAUAUACAUGGUUUUGGGAUCGGUAUUCUUUGCCAUUCAAAGAGCCAUUUAAGACCCGCGGCACUAAGCCAAUAAGUCAAUAGGAGACGCUAAUAUUCUCUAGAAUGACUGCCGGCAGUCACACAGAUAAUGAGUUAUAGGGCGUGCUAUAAAGUCAUUGACUUUGUCGCCCUCUACAGCAUGUACGAUUGAAUUAUAUUUAUAUAGCGCUUUUCUCAAGUGACUCAAAGCGCUUUACAUAGUGACACCCAAUAUCUAAGUUACAUUUAAACCAGUGUGGGUCGCACUGAGAGCAGGUGGGUAAAGUGUCUGGCCCAAGGACACAAUGGCAGUAACUAGGAUGGCACAAGCGGGAAUCGAACCUGCAACCCUCAAGUUGCUGACACGGCCACUCUACCAACCGAGCUAUGCCGACCUACUUGUCAGUCCAGCAAUAUGUUGUGUGUGGCUUCCGCAGCGAAACGCACAUGACUGCAAGGCAUACUGGGUGACGCAGAGUACACUAAUGGUUGUGAUAUUAACAAUUUUAACACUCUUAGUAAUAUGCGCCACACUGUGAAGCCACACCAAACAAGAUUGACAAACACAUUUCGGGAGGACAUCCUUCCAGUAACACAACAUAAACGCAACACAACAAAUACCCAGAAUCCUUUGUAUCCAUGGCACAACCCGACUAUUUUAUACACCCCGCUAGAAGCGGUUCGGGUGGACGGCGGGUGGAUGACGACUUUAGUGACGUGGUGGCGGAUUAUAUAAUUGCCUAUCCGCGCAUCUCUAGUAUGUACAUAUGUAUAUAUAUAUAUAUAUAUAUAUAUGUAUGUAUGUAUAUAUAUAUGUAUAUGUAUUUAUAUACAUGUGUGUAUGUGUAUAUAUAUAUAUACAUGCAUAUAUAUAUACAUAUAUAUACAGUAUAUACUGUAUAUUCAUAUAUACAUGUGUGUGUAUAUAUAUAUGAAUAUAAAUAUAUAUAUAUAUAUAUAUAUUUAUAGCAUGUUUUAUGUUUCAGUUUCUUCAAAAUAGCGACCCUUUGCUGUGAUUACUGUUUUGCACACUCCUGGCAUUCUCUCGAUGGGCUUCAAAAGGUAAUCACCUGAAAUGAUUUUCACUUCACAGGCCUUCAGUGACGAUCUACAAUGUAAAUAGUCAUGAAAAUAAAGAAAACACAUUGAAAUGAGAAGAUGUGUCCAAACCUUUGGCCUGUUUUUUAAAUUUUACAUUACAAAUAUCGAGAGAGCUGAAAUUGAACGUUAUGUAUCACUUUUCUCGGACAGUCCUACAAAGUUGUCUAUUUUUUUUCCCGUUUCUUCUCUUACCCCUUUCUUGGCUCCCAAAUUCUGAUGCGUGUGUGAAAACAUAAAGAGUUUAAGCCACCGACUUUAGUUGAACACACACAUGUGUCGCUCUCAAGCAAACAUCUCUCUUUUGAAAACCUCUCCGGGAUUUCUGCAAUGUUGCGACCACGGAUGUGUCUCUACAUCACGUCUUUGUUGAAACUGACAGACAUGUCGACUUGCCCCGGAGCAAACGCCGACCCAUAUCUACACCUGUCUGGGUUAGGUCACUUUGAACUUUCCCACACAACUUCUAAUCAAAACAAAUAUUACAAGUAAUAUUUGUGUAUUGCUUUAAUCAGGUGACAUUGUUGACUUAUGUUUAAGUCUAACCCCUUGCCUGGUAUUUUUCUCCUUUUUUUUUUUAAUAGAGUGUUUAUCCUUAAUGCAGCACCUCUACAUUUUCUUCUUUUUGUAUUUACUUGAUCUUACAAAAAUGAUCUUAUAUGACGGCUGGCAGCUAAUCACACACAAACAUGGGAUUCUGAUCAGGAAGAUUCACGGUAUUGAGCUAAGGUUUUAAUAGAUAAAGUUGAUGAAGCUUUUGAAGAAGUUUAAUUGGAUACUGCAAGUUUGAUCCUUUAUUGGUCUUUAUUUCACCAAAUGACUAAGUAGAUAACAUAGACUUAGACUUAGACAAACUUUAAUGAUCCACAACGGAAAUUGUUCCACACAAUAGCUCAAAGGAUGGAAAGGAUAAUGCAGAAAUAAAAUAGACUAAAAAUGUACCGUAGUAGCAAUAUGAAAUAUAAUAUAUAUGUAAUAUUUACAUAAUAAAUGUACAGUAUAUGAUAUAUACUGAUAUAUGUUUAUAUUAUAUAUACAAUAUAUAACAAUUACCAUGUACAAUAUCAACCCAUCAAUCAAUCAAUGUUUACUUAUAUAGCCCUAAAUCACGAGUGUCUCAAAGGGCUGCACAAACCACAACGACAUCCUCGGCUCAGAUCACACAUCAGGGCAAGGAAAAACUCAACCCAAUUGGAUAACAAUGAGAAACCUUGGACGUCGAGUGGAUCUAGCAAAAUAUUGUGAGAGUCCAGUCUACAAUGGAUUUUAAUAUAAUAGUGAGAGUCCAGUCCAUAGUGGAUCUAACAUAAUAGUCCAUAGUGGAUCUAACAUAAUAAUGAGAGUCCAGUCUAUAGUGGAUCUAACAUAAUAGUGAGAGUCCAGUCCAUAGUGGUUCUAACAUAAUAAUGAGAGUCCAGUCUAUAGUGGAUCUAACAUAAUAGUGAGAGUCCAGUCUAUAGUGGAUCUAACAUAAUAGUGAGAGUCCAGUCCAUAGUGGUUCUAACAUAAUAGUGAGAGUCCAGUCCAUAGUGGAUCUAACAUAAUAAUGAGAGUCCAGUCUAUAGUGGAUCUAACAUAAUAGUGAGAGUCCAGUCCAUAGUGGUUCUAACAUAAUAGUGAAAGUCCAGUCCAUAGUGGAUCUAACAUAAUAGUGAGAAUCCAGUCCAUAGUGGGGCCCCCAGGAGAUCAAUUUGAGAUUACAGUAUAUGUAACAGCUGCAGCAUAAAAUAAAGUUCAAGUACCAAGAGAGGAACAUCAGGAAUUUAUUAAGAGAAGGAGGAAAAAGCAGUUCCAAUCGUGCAGGAAAUAAAACGCGCUAAUAGCUGCUAAAAAGAACACAUUUAAAUUUUUCACUAACAUAAAGGGAUGACAAUCUCAUAUUUAAAUUUUUUUUUUUUUUUUUUUGUGACAUUUAAACAAAAACGUUGUGACUGCUGAGCGAAUACGAAUUACGGAUGUAAACAUUUGUUAUUUAACUGAGUGACACUUGUUGUUUCCACAUGUUCUUCCCAUCUGCAACCUAUUUAUAGCAUCAUAGGACUUGAUUAAGACGUGUGUUAGAUAGUCCACAUCUUUUGGUUUGGUUUUUGAAAUAAAUGAGCCUUGAAAAUGAAA